AUGGAUUCACCCUUAUAUUAUUUCGAUUUACAACGUCAACUCUGGCAAGAUUAUUUUGAUCUUGGUAUAAAAGAAAAUAAAUGGGCACUACGAGUAUCAAAAUCUUUUGUUAAACAACAUCAUACAUGUCGUACAUAUGGUUUUCGUAAACAUAUAGUUGAACAACGUCUACAAACCAUCACACAACAAUUUCAACGUACAAUAAAUGAAUUACAACAAUAUAUAUUACAAUCAGAACAAAAUGUCAAACAUUGGCAGCCAUACAUUAAUCCAGCUAUUUUAUCCAAUGCUAUAAAUGAAUGUGUGAAAAGUGCUCAACAACGAUUAAGACAAGAAUUUGAUUAUAAAAAGAAAAUGUUAGUAUUAGAUUCAAAUGAUCGUGAUUUAAUUACAAAAUUUUAUAACUUAAAACCAAAUGAAGAACAGAUACAACUAGCAAAACAAAUAUGGCAAACAACAGCAAGUAUAUUAAAAACAAAAGCACAAGAAGAAAUUCUCCAUCGACGUGCUAGUUUGGUAUCAAGUUAUUCAAAAACAAUUACACAAUAUAAAUUUGAUUUAAUGGCUUUACAUCUUGACACUAUUCAAAACAUAAUACGUGGGCAUCAACAACUACUU